AGUUUUCAAAAAGCUACUUAAACUGAGGAACACUUAUAGUUAGUGUACAAUUGACAUGUAAAUAAUUACAUGUAAGAAUGUCAUGAUUAAUUGAAUUUUUAUGAUCCUUUUUACUUCAUGUAGAAGUCAGAAUUUUAUUAUAUAUUCAUUUUAAUCUGGCAUAUUUUUUGAUAUAUUUACAAAAGGUAUUAAUAAACCAUAUACCCUCAUAAUAAAUGUAUAAAUACCUGAGUAUUUUAAAAAAUCAUAUCUUGUAUAUAAAUAAAUAAAAGAAUUAAAUAAACACCCUCCAGAAUAACCUAUACCAACUUUACAUGAAUGCAUAUCAGAUCAUCUAUCUUCAGGGGCCUAUUCAAUACCAUUUUGGUUCAGUUCAUAACUGAAUCGGAUGGUAUAUGCUGAUGUAACAUUACUUCCAAUCGAUACAGCAGAAUGUGAUACAAAAAUGUUAAAGAGGCUCUAUGCAGAUGGCAUAAAUGUCACUCUUAUUGUUCUGAUAACGAAAUAUGCGUACUGUAUUUGUUGAAAUGAUUCACAACAAAUGCAGACAGGGCUUUUACCGCUCAACUACCAUAAAAAGAUUUGAGGUGCCUGAAAAUAAAGUGUCAUGGUCUGUUGAGUAUCCAGAAUAUAAGCCAGUAGAAUAUACUGCUCCGAGUGUCAAAGGGAAACCUUGGGCGGAUCCGGAAAUCAGCGAACCAUCAUUCGAACCCAAAUGGAAUACCCUCGAUGGAAAUGUGAAUCGUAAAAGCUUUACGGGUGACUAUAUUAUAAAGGAUGGUUAUCCUUUGAAUCCUAUAGGUCGUACUGGAAUUAUCAAACGUGGACUGUUGGGGAGAUGGGGACCAAACCAUGCAGCAGAUCCCAUUGUCACACGUUGGAAAAGAAAUGCCACAGGCGCUACAAUAAUAGACAAAAACUCAGAAAAACCAAUUCUACAGUUUGUUGCUAUACAGAGAAGAGAUUCAGGGGAAUGGGCUAUUCCUGGGGGAAUGGUCGAUCCUGGAGAAACUAUAUCAGCUACUUUAAAAAGAGAAUUCAUGGAAGAAGCUAUGAAUUUGUUAGAGAAAAAUAAAGAAGAACAAAAGGAAUUGGAAAAAUCUAUCAGAGAAUUUUUUGAAAAGGGAGAAGAAAUUUAUAGGGGAUAUGUUGAUGAUCCCAGGAAUACUGAUAAUGCUUGGAUGGAGACAGUUGCCUUAAAUUUUCAUGAUGCUGAUGAUAGCAUUUUAGGAAAAAUAACAUUGAUGGCUGGAGAUGAUGCACACAAUGUGAAAUGGAUGGAUAUUGAUAAAAUGCUGAAUUUGUAUGCCAAUCAUAGUGAAUUUAUUCAAAAAACUAUACAAAAGCAUGAUGCACAUUGGUAAUUAACAUACACAAGACUGCUUAUUUAAUAAGACUUUAUUUCCAUCAGGAGCUGUAUAAAAAAACAUACACAAACACAAUUAUAUUAUAUAAAAAAAAAA